AUGUCGCUGCCUUCCACGCCUCUUCCCAUUCGUUUCGACGUCAUCAGCAAGUCGAUUUCGCGCAACGUAGACGGUACAAGGUGCGGUGCACAGCGUGCGUACGACAUUCCGUCGUUGGGCGGGCGCGACGUCCAAGACUUGGACUCGGGGCGCAGACUGGCGAGCUGGCUGUUCAUUUCGCUGAUCGCAAGUCUCGGCGUCGUGAUGAGGGAGUACAAACAGCAAAGGAGAAGCCUGACUACAACUGCAACACCAUCCACCUCUUCUCCACCUGCAGCCCGCGGAGUCGUUCCCGUCGUCCCAAAACCCACGCAGCAUCGCACCCAGCACCCAACAACGGCCGUUACACUUGGCCUACUGAAGAAUCGAGGAUGGACGGACGGAGGGGAAGGGGCCAAGUCAGGAAGGGAUGGGACGGCCAGGGUUGUCGUAGACGAUGACGGCGACGGCGACGGCGACGACGCAGCGCAGUGCAGGGCUGAAGAAGCAGCAGCCAACCUCCCCUUCCCGUCCCUCUCGCACUCCGUCGCCAACUUUAUCCGGGGCCAACCAGGCCUCGUGGCGCACCUACCCCCUUCCACCAUCGAGAGACGUCGGGAUCGCACACCUUCGCUCGUGGAGUGCCUUGUUGCAGGUAUUCAACGCCAGGUGACGGUCGAGGACGAGGACGACGAAACGGAGAUAUGGAGAGAUUCCGCCGCUGCGCAGGCAACGAGGACAAGCAGAGGGCACACGUCCCAUCCCACCCAACGCGCAUUCUCGCCGCGCUCUACUCUACAAACACCCGUCCCCUUCCCUCCCAUCCCCACUCAGACCCAGCCCUAUUCCGUCCCCAUCCCUCAACACGGCCCUGCCAUCCCGCCAUCCCUUUCACCCUGA